AUGCGCGAGUCUAACUUCAGCAAUGCUGCUCAGAACAAGGCAUGUAUUUGCGUGUCCGCGGCAGUUUACGACCGCAGAGGUGAGUGAUGCAAGCCAUCCGCAUGAUGAAGUCUCUCUGUCCCUCGUUCCUUUGGUUAUGCGAUGCUAAAGACUUGUCCCUGUCUCUCGUCCUCUAGCUCUCGACUGCACCGCCAAACUGCCGCUGAUCAAUUCGCUCAACCACCUCGCGUACCUUACUUCAACCUCGCCCCGCGUGCGCGAAAUGGUCACUGUCGACAGCGGCUUGGAACGAUUGAUUCGCAUUCUUCGCGAUGUUCCAAAGGCGUCAGGCGUGGGCUCUUCUCGAGGUACCACCACAAAAGAGAUGCAUGCCAUCUGGCAAUGGAGUCUGGCCUUCCAGUGCGUCGUCAACAUCGGUGUUCGCGGUAGCGAAGCAGUGCGCACUCGAGUGGUCGAAGCGGGCAUGGUUCCCAUCACCAUCAAGGUGCUUGAGAGCCAUCUUCUGCUUGCCGAGCUUGCCAGAGCCGAACAGCACAAGCUCGAUGUGGAGCAAAAGCGCCGCGAGUGGCUAGACGAUGACAGUCGGCGCUUGCAAGCCGAACAGCAGCAGCAGAGCGAACAAGCUGUUGGCGCACGGACACAGGCGCUUCUGACUGACGGGCACCAACAUCGUCAUCACCAUCACCAUCAGCAUCAUGUCCGGAAUGCUCAUGACCAUCAACCACCCUCCCGCCACACAGCUCGGCGGGGAGCGUUGCACGAGGAACUGAUUCUCGAUGCAGCUACCGCUGCUUUGGCGGCCCGCCGAUCAGCGGACGAAGCGUCCUCAGCCUCGACCUUGAGUCUCCCCGCUUCUGGCCACACGACUCGUGACGGCGUUCGCCACACGCAUCUCACGACUCGAGUUGCGAACCAGGAUUUGGCUAGUCGCCCUUCCACGCCAGCUGAAGGCGAAGUCUCUGUGGCGCCCACAAUCUUUCAGCGCCGAGGGGCUGCCGUGCCCAUGCCCAUACUCGGGGACCUAGGGUCUGGCAUGGUCGUGGACGUGGACCAAGCUCAGCAGAGUGUCAACAUGACAGCCACCUCGCCUUCCUCUUCCGCCGACGAUAUCCCUGCUACCCUGGACAUGUCGCGCAGUGCCAGUACGAGCAGCGCGACACCUUUGACGGCGAACCGUGCAGGAACGUUGACGAACGUCAGCUCCGUUGAAGAUUUUGCUGCAUCAGGCAGUGGUAGCGAAGGCGCAGAAGACGCAGAAAUGAGCUUCGCCGACGAGGCCGAAGGCGACGAAGCCGAUCAUGAGUAUGACCGCGCAUCUGCGCCGGCCUCAUUCGCCUCACAAGAAGGGGAUGCUAACUCUCGUACUGCCGACAUGGACGAAAGGCAGACUCCUCGUCCUUCCAGACGCGUGCUGGCGCCGCUCGGCACGCUCAGUCAGGGAGAUGCUGGUCGAAGCGUAACCAGCUCGACCGACGCUACCGUCAACCCCUUCCAUGGAAACGGCGAGGUGUCUAGACAGCAUGCAGUUCGGAUUCCCAUAUUGCCGACCGAGCAGCCCAUCGCAUCGACACCGCGCGGCCCGCGAGAGCAGCUUACGAGCCCGACGCCACGAGGUCAGCAACACGCAUUGUCAGGCAGACCGACAAGGCAGCACGCUGGACCGGUUGGCUCUGCAGACCCUCAAAGUGCACCAGGGCAGUUGGACACACGCGAGCGCCCCUUUGCUACUCCCACUCAAGCACUGGAAGAGCGUCUCAAUGCUGCUGCUCCUACUGAGACCCAAAGGCUCCAGGCCCGGACAGGCGGUGCAGAUCUUCAGGCUCAGCCGACAAUUCGGCCGGAGUUUGCCGCGACCACGCCACGAGGUCCAAACGCGGCUUUCAUUGACCGUGCUCGCACGCAGCGAAGCCAACUUGGUGAUAUCAUCUAUCGAGAGGAAGAAGUGCUGCUAAGCUUGCAGCUCCUGGCAUACCUCUCAAAGUACGCGCACGUACGUGCUUUGUUCCAUCAUUCCGAGCUUGCGACCCACGCGCUUCCAGGCUCCCUCGAAGAGCUCGAUAGCCUCUACGGUCUACGUCGCGGCGCGGAUGGCUCGUCUCGUGGCAAGAGCUGGGACCCGCAUCAGCCGACGAAGCCCAACGUCUUUUCCAUCGCAGAAGCAUACACACUGCGAGGAUCGCGUUCGGGCUCAGCGACGCCAACAAGCCACCUCAGAUUAGCUCAAGAGAUCCAGUACUGGGCUGGUGUGAUCAUGCGCAAUGCCUGCCGCAAGGACGAAGCAAGAGGUGGUAUUCGGCAGUGCGCCAAUAUGCUAUGUGGAAAAUGGGAGGCCUUUCCACGGGAGUUUGCAAAGUGCCGCCGUUGCCGAAAGGCCAAGUACUGCUCCAAACAGUGUCAGUCCAAAGGGUGGUCGACGGGGCACCGCUUUUGGUGCAGCGCUCGAUCUGACGACGUCGAGGCACGUGAGAAGGCCAGCUCUGCAGCCAUCUCGGCUACCGUCACCGGACCACAGCGCGCUGCUGCCGAGGUGGCUGACGCUGCACAGGCUGGUGCUGACGUAGCCCAGCCUCACCGACACGAAACUGCACGCCAAAACCUCGCUCAUGCUGCUACACAUCAUGACAGGCCUCCGAGAUUCUUUGAAGCUGAGACGCGUCAAGAAUUCCUCGAUGCAACACAUCUGCACACACCUGUAAUAGACUCUGAUGGCGUCACGGCUUUGCGGCCGCGACCAUCUGGUCUACCGCAGAGGCUUGCUGCUCAGCACCCUGGACGCGCAUCGCCGCAUGUCCGUCCUAGCUCAAGCAGCAGCACUCGCACUUCCCUGACCUCUGACGCGAGCGAUGACGAGCGUGAGCGACAGGCUCGGAGCGGCGAAGGAAGCGUCAAUCCAAGUCCGCUUUCGCGCACGUCUACAGGUCAUGAUGAAGAUGCCUUGGGUCACAGCCAGCCCGCGCCACCACAGCGCACAGACUUGGCCGGUCGACCACUACCGCCACCUGUCAUUGCUCAGCACGAUGGCGCCGCAGGCUUGAACCAAGAUCUGAUGGCACUUGGCGGCAGAUUGACACCUAACAUUGAGGAAGCAGUGGACACAGCUGCAGCCUUUGGCACUGGCGAUUUUGACCAGAUGAUGUGGCGAGGACGCACGCCUGCACCCAGCGAUGCGGGCGAAGAUGGUGGUGGUACAGAGGAUGAGCAAGUGCGACCUCGCCGCGAUCAUCUUCGACACUUGCGCUACCGGACAGAAACGGAAUCUGGAGCUGACGACGAGUCUGCCUCUGCAAAUGAGGCGUCCAGCAAUCCCGUACAUGCAACUCUUGCUCGCCAACCGCACAGAUUCGCGAGCGUUGCCGCUGGUAACGUGCCCAUCGUUAGCCAUCACGUAUCGAUGCGCAGUGCUGGCGUAGAAGCGCCCCCACCUCACCUUUUCGCCGGUUCUAGCUCUGGGAUCGGCGCCGGGCUGGGAGUCUCAUCUGCCUCAACUGCCAGCGCCUCAAAUCGCCGCGCACACGCGUACGGCGGCCUUGGAGUUCGUCGCUUGCCUACGGGUCCAGCAUCUGCCUAUCUGCCUCGUUCAGCAUCCGGCCUGGCCAGUGCACCCGCUUUUGCGCGAAAUUUUCGCUCGGAGGAAGAUGACGAUGAUGAAGAGCGCGACAGCGAGUCUCACGUCCAACAGCAGCUUCCUUCCAACCUCGCCGUCACUUCACGACCGGAUCAGCGCGAAUCAGUUGAUGGGACCACCCGCGUGCAGCCGAGCGCCCGCACUUCGCCAAUGCAGCGCUCUACCUCUGGCAGCGCAAGCUGGACAUGGCAGCAACACUCCAACAUCUCGCCACCAAGCUUUUGGCAAGACGGUGAUGCUGACAUGACAGAGCAGGUCGUAGUAAGCCGGUGCGAAGGUGACGACUGCUGCACAUCUCAGGGCGCAGACGUCGGUGCUUGCACGCCAAAUCAAUGGCACGACGCCACCACAGCCACCAUGCAUCAAUCGAGCGACAUCCAGAAUUAUCGUGUCGCCAGGGCUCUAGCAGAGACUGUUUCGGCGCCCUCUGGCUCUGCAUUAACGUCCGUCAACUCUAUCACCAGCGAUGAGCACAUCGUUGGCUGGGAAGACCAUGGCGGCUUUCCUGUUCCCAUAUAUGCGCAUCAAGUCGCAGCGAAGAACAGAAAGCGCAACUUUGCUACCUUCCGCCGUCAAGAAGCGUCAACACAGUUCUCUGCAACCGCUUGGAACGCGCCCAAGAAUCGCCUUUCGCCACCAACGAUGCCAACAAGCGUCUUCGAACCAAUCGAUGCGCCGACCUUUUCCGGGCGCCUUCAUCGCAACGGCGUGGGCGCUGCUUACCGUAUAGACGCUUCUGCUAUGGACGUGGACGCCGAGCGAUGA